AUACAUCACAAUAACAUAACAUAACAUGAAUUUAUGGCAAGUAAUAAGUGCAUGGAAGAGCUGAAAAUGUCUUAAUUAUAGCCGUGACAUUGAUCUGUUUCCAGAGAGAGCAGUGCACACGAAAAAUUUAUUUCCGUGGCAGUGCCACUGCACUUCCAGUAUUGCUGCCAUCUACGUUCAUUAAUCAUGCAUUUUUGUGAACUAAGCGGCGAAACUGUUAAAACUAGUCUUAGACAAAAGGAGAGGUCUAACGAUUAACGAAUUGCUUUCGUAGAGAGAUGGCAGAAGUUCAUGUUAUAGGGCAGAUCCUUGGAGCAAGUGGGUUCUCAAAUCAAAAUCUUUAUUGCAAAUGGAAAAUACACACUGGUGGAGCAUGGAAGGUCAUAGCUGGAAUAAGAGAAGGACAAACACAGGUGGAUCUCCCACAGAAUGAAAACUUUGCAGUCUGGAGUCAUCCUAUCGAUAUUCACUUUGCUACCAAAGGAUUACAAGGAUGGCCUAAAUUAAAAUUUGAGGUUUACCACCAAGAUGACUUUGGACGCAAUGAGCUCUACGGUUAUGGAUUCUGUCACUUGCCGACCUCUCCUGGUACACAUGACAUCCAAUGCCCGACAUGGCGACCAUCAGGAACUUUUCGUGAACAGGUUUCGCAGUACUUCAUAGGGGGCGCCUCACAACUACGGAAUGCCGAUAUGGUGCAGAGCGCUGAACGCUAUACUCUUCAGACUGUUGCUAUGGGAAAAGUUCACUGUCAGCUCGGGAUUAUUCUCAAGAAUUUUGAUAAAUAUGGCGUGGAAUGCUGAUGAAGGUGUGGAAACCAAUAAACUUGUGUACAAGGAGGCAUACUGGUGUAGUGGUUAUGGGCCGUGUCUCUUUAGAGAGUCAUGGGUUUAAAUCCUUCUCCAGGCAUUAAUUUCCUUCAGAAAGAACAUUAUCAUUACUCAAGACAAGUGAGGUAAAAGCUAACCUGGCUGGAAUUUAUACCUUGAAAUGCAGAACUGCUUAGAUAAAGCCCGGGUAAUUUUGCUGCAUUGUUCAGUACUUUUUUGUGACUUCUGAUAUGAGUGAUUAGUGAUAAAUUCAAGGUUGUGAAGUUAGCCACUGUCAUAUCACCAAGCUAUACCUUAUUAAAUUCAAAUUUAUCAAGAUACCCAUUCAGCUUGUCACUUUCUAGUUCAUAGGAUUGGGCAUAACUUUACACUCUUUGAUAAACACCCCACUAUAAUCAGUAAACUUAUAUCAGAUUGUUCUCUAUUAUAGUAUUUGAAGAAGUAAUCCACAUUUUCAGUCUGUAUUCUUGAAGCUAAAUGGCUCUUUUUGAGGGCAAGAAGGAAUGUCUUUUGUAAAAGAUGGUUUGGCAAGGAUACAAGCAAGUGUAAUUAUUUUUUUAAUUAUAAUAUUGAUUAUUACCGGUACUACUAAGAAUUGCAACUCAUCGUAUCACAAAUGAACCACAAAGAAAUGGGUUUAUUGCACUCUCUAUCAAGAUGAGGCAGAAUUUAUGUGAAGGAGUAAGCAGGUUCUUCAACAGUAAAAUAAAUUGAACUUCAUACAUGUAGGUAGCCAUUCAACUUGUGGCAUGUUGUACUUCUUCAUAAAUCAAAUUGUAGAGACGUAAAGGGGUGGGAGACUACAUGCUCAAAACAAUCCUCCGUUGUCAAAGUACCAUGACUCACCUGAUGUUUUCCAAGAAUUGUGCAUCUUCUGUAAGGUUUCUGUUUUAGGGACUUUUUAUCCCUUCUCAUUUUAAUGCCAAACAGCUUUUUUGUUUGGAACUAAAAUACAAUUUUCAAUGGCUCUUUUGCAACUUUUAUACAAAGGUUACAUGUAGAUGUACAUUUUUUUUUACAUUCUGGGGGUGAAUACAUUUUGUCUGCGGUGUAGGGGGAUGUGGUUGAUAUUGCCAAUGCCUUAUCAUGCUUGGUGAUGUUUCUUAAAGUUAUUAAUGAAGUUACAUUGCAAAAAACAUUUUUUCCUGACAUUUUUCUUUCAUGCCACAUCCAGUCAUGUUAAGUUCAUACUUAAAGGCCAAGUCCACCCCAGAAAAAUGUUGAUUUCAAUAAAUAGAGAAAAAACAAACAAGAAUAUCACUGAAAAUUUCAUCAAAAUCGGAUAUAAAAUAAGAAAGUUAUGACAUUUUCAGUUUUGCUUAUUUUUCACUUAACAGUUAUAUGCACAACUCAGUAACAUGCAAAUGAGAGAAUUGAUGAUGUCCCUCACUCACUUUUUCUUUUGUUUUUUAUUGUUUGAAUUACCGGUAUACAAUAUUUCAAUUUUUGCAUAUUUGGCAACAAGGACCAACUUGACUGAACCAUAAAAUGUCAAAACAAUGGUAAUUCCACAUGUUCAGGGAUGAAGAAAACUUUGUUUCAUAGAGAAUGAGGAGAAAAUUUAAAUAUUCCAUAUAUCAUAUAAUAAAAUACAAAAGAUAUAGUGAGUGGAUGAUAUCAUCAGUUCCUCAUUUGCAUAUCAGCAAGGAUGUGCAUAUUAAACUAUUUUGUGACAUUAACCAAAACUUUAAAAUGUCAUAACUUUCUUAUUUUACAUCCAAUUUUGAUGAAAUUUUCAGUGUUACUGUUAUGCUUGUUGAAUUUUUCUCUUUUUAUUCAAAUCAACUUUUUGUUGGGGUGGACUUUUCCUUUAAUCCUAUGUAAAGAUUAUAAAACACCCAGCUCCCCAUACCAGGAAUAUUUUGGAGCUUUAUGUGGUUUAAUUAAAAAAAGAGAGGGGCUUAUGAUAUGUACAGGUGAGCAACCUACUGUAAAUUUGGGGAAUUUGUUUUGUGAUUGUAUUAAAGAAAUUUAUGGGGUUGCCAUCAUACAUGUAGGUUUACAAAUAGGGCACCUCGGUAUAUUGUAUUGUUUCAUUACAUGAUUUGAAAAUUAAGUUUGUCUUUGGUAUAAUUUAGUACUGCAUCAGCAAUGAUAAUCAAUAAUAACAAUAUUCAUGAUAUGUUCAUUGUGAAUCACAUACAGUUAAUAGCUGUCAACAGCCCAGAUCAUAGGGGACAGGCUGACUCAGCCCCAUGUCAUUAUGGGUAUCAAACUAAUCCAGUCUUUAAAGGGGAAUGAUUACAUAUAAUAUAUUAUGUAAAAAGUAUUUUCUUGCCAAUAUAUGUACAUUGUUUGAUUUUGUGGAUAGGGAUUUUACAUACUGGUACCAAAAACUCGGAAGAAAAUCGCCUCGAGAAAUAUGAUCAGAAAUUUUAACAAAAAUUAUUGAUAACACCUAUUUAAAAAUUUUGGGUACAAGUUUUUAAAAUUCUUUAAAAAUGAACAUUACACCAAAAUUAUUGAUGUUAACUACUGAUAAUUUUUAUAUAUUUUCCUUAUCAUUGUCAAAUCUAUUUGUGACAAAAUUUCAUACAAUCAGUUUUGUUGACAAAUAUGACAAGUUUGUAGGCAUGAUUGUCCUACUUCAAACAGACACAGUACUAUUGUUUAUGGGUUCAUCUGAAUUUUGUAAUAAGUCCAUUAGGGUGCUGUAAUGAUCUUCUUAAAUACUGUUAGUCAUAUUUCAGUGUUUUUCAUCUGAAAUAUACAAUGUACAUGUUGUACAUACUGGUAUAGCAUUGUAUUAAAGGGGAAGCCCCUAUUACAUCCAGUUGGUUUCUAUAGCAGCAGAAGAGUGAUAGAAACACGAAGAUUUAAUGAUCAGACAAAGAUCCAUCAAAUUAUAAUUAUAGACUGCCUCAUAGAUUCAAUCAUACUCAAUGAAAGUUAUCAGGGGACCAAUUCAUGAAAGGACUUGUCAGAGGCUUUAUCGGACAGGUCUUCUUUUCUCCGACAGUUACCAUAGUAACCGUGCUCAGCCAAUGAAGGAAAGUUGUCUGAUCUGACAACUUGUUGGAUGAAACUGUUGAUGAAACGCUUCCCUGAUCUGACAAAUUGUCGGACAAACAUGUUGAAUAGCUCCUGCUGUUAACCAAAGUUGACUACUAAUUACCAAGAUGGUAAGCCUGUAAACUGUUCAAAUAUAUCAAUCGUUUUUAUUUUUACACUAACAUCAGACAUGAUUAGAAUCAAUGAAAUAGAGGGAGAUAUGAAUUCUCACAUUUGUUUUUGUUUUACACAAGUACAUGUGUAUAUACUAGUAUAGGAUUCAUUAAUAAAUUAUUUGUAAUUAC